AUCCCUACUAUUAUUAGCCAGACGAAUCUAACUCCGCAAUAGCAUAAUAUUAUCAUGACCUGCCUAGCCCUGCCCCGCACACAGCCUCGUUUGGACAAGUGCAGGUUAAACGACAAGAAAUGAACUGGUGCAUUCGGCUUUUGUGACUAUUUAGUCUCAAAAUUUGAACCUAGCCCCACAUAUAACAAGUGCAUAGGGACUAUAAAUAAAUAAGUUCAAUCCCUUGGUUUGUCACCGAAAAUAAUCGAUCACUGGUCAUGAAUUCCGUUUCACAAGAACAACAGUCUCACAUACGACUCGGGCAGCACAGGCUUGAGACUAGAGAGUGCCGGUAUGAUUUCUUGGGAGUACAAAUAUUUCUGUUCAAACGGUAACAUCUUCAAAUUGUCACCAACGAUUGAGGAACUUGUUGGUGUACCUACUGCAAUAAAAUUCAUCAGUACCUUCACGUACUCUCUUUUUCACCAUAAUAAGUGCAGAUUUCCAAAAUCAAUGGUCUCAAAUCUUCCCUUUUACCAUUAUAAAUUUCAUACAAAACAACCAAAGUUUUUGAGGCUCUGAUGGAAAUUCCAGAAAAUUUUCAUGUUCUAUUUCUGCCAUACUUCACUCCUAGCCACAUGGUCCCCCUGGUUGACAUGGGAAGGCUCUUCGCAGCCCGUGGUGUCACCGUGACCAUAAUAACCACUCCACACAAUGCUCUCCUGUUUCGGUCCUCCAUUGAACAAGGCCUCGAAUCAGGCCAUCAGAUCGCGGUCCAUGAGCUCAACUUCCCAUCGAAAGAAGUUGGAUUGCCUGAAGGAAUAGAGAAUUUCAAUGCCAUAACAUCCAGUGAAAUGACCAGCAAAGUCUUUUAUGGAAUUAUGCUACUCCGAAAGCCUAUGGAAGAUUUGAUCAGGAAGCUUUCGCCUAAUUGCAUCUUUUCGGAUAUGUUUUAUCCUUGGACAACUGAUGUUGCUAGUGAGCUUGGAAUACCAAGGCUCAUGUUUUAUCCAUCAAGCUUCUUGUAUCAUUGUGUUACACAUAGUCUUGCUCUGUAUGCACCUCAUGAUUGUGUUGAGUCUGAAACAGAGAGUUUCUUGGUUCCGAAUCUUCCUGACAAGAUCGAGAUGAAAAGAUGUCAGCUGCAAGAACAUGUUAAGACUAAAACAAGGUAUGGUGAAUUGAUCAAAGCAAUUAAAGAGUCUGAGCAGAAGAGCUAUGGCAUGGUUCAUGACACUUUUUAUGAGCUUGAGCCUGCUUAUGCAGAUCAUUACAGUGAAAUCAAGAAAAGUAAGUUCUGGCACAUUGGUCCUAUAUUUCAGUUCUUCAAAACGGCUGAAGCUGAAAGAUCUAGUGACUCUUCAUCUGAGCAACACUUCUGUUUAAGUUGGCUAGAUACACAAAAGCCUGAAUCCGUUGUCUUCAUAUGUUUCGGAAGUAUGGUCAGAUUUUCUGAUGCUCAGCUUACUGAAAUCGCAUUAGCCCUCGAAGCCUCCAACACUCGGUUCAUUUGGGUAGUUCGCAAGAUUGUUGAAAAUCAAGAAACAUGGUUGCCUUCAGGGUUUGAAGAAAGAAUUUUGAAAAAUAACAAGGGUUUGAUAGUCCGAGACUGGGUUCCACAGGUGAAAAUUCUGGAUCAUCCAUCUACAGGAGGGUUCCUGACUCACUGCGGCUGGAACUCAGUUUUGGAAGCAGUUGUGGCUGGAGUGCCACUUGUGACAUGGCCUUUAUUUGCUGAGCAAUUUUACAAUGAGAAGCUUGUUGAGCUUCUUAAGGUUGGUGUAAGAGUAGGUGCUGAUGUUUGGAACUCAGGAUUUGAAAUCAAGAGUCCUCUUCUGGGAAGAGACAUGAUACAGAAUGCAUUGUCAAGAUUAAUGGAUGGUUCUGAAGAGUCUGCGAUGAUCAGACGGCGAGCAAAGGAGAUUGGAGUCCAGGCUAGAGGGGCAGUCAUGGAGGGAGGGUCAUCAUUUAAUCAAUUAUCGGGUCUAAUUGAAGAGAUUAAUGCUUUUAGUUAGAUUAAGGCAACAAAGAUAACAUAGGAUGCUUAGAGCAUCUCCAAUAGGCUCUUCAAAUAAGCUCUUAAGUCAAAAAUUAAAGAGCAUGGCUCAAAAUCAAGCUCCAACAGACUCUUAUAGGCUCUUUAAAACUCCAAGAACUUCUUCUAUCUCCUUACUUGUAAGAGCGAUUAAUAGUAGCUCUUAACUUAUAUUUAAUUAACAAAAUUUUCAUGUUCA